GUCGGGAAGAGUUCUGUCCGGGACGCUACCGCGGGAGGGCAGCCGUAAGUCGCAGCGAGGGCAGCAGCGUGGGGAGGCAGCCUGCCCCCCACCCUCCCGCUCCCUGCCCCUGCCCGCAGGGCGCUAUCCCUUUAAGCCCGGCGCGGCCCCUUUAAGGCUGGGGCGGCCCCGCGCGCACUAAAAGCGCCGCCGCUUCCCUCGCCCCGCUCCACUCCACCUCGGCCACCGCUCGAGCAGCGCCGCUCCCGCCGCCGGCCCCGCCGCCCUUCGCCGCCGCCACCAUGCCCAUGUUCGCCAUCCAGACCAACGUCUGCAAGGACGCCGUGCCCGACAGCCUGCUGGGCGAUCUCACCCAGCAGCUGGCCAAGGCCACCGGCAAGCCCGCGCAGUACAUAGCUGUGCACAUCAUACCCGAUCAGAUGAUGUCCUUCGGGGGCUCCACCGAUCCCUGCGCGCUCUGCAGCCUGUACAGCAUCGGCAAGAUCGGAGGGCAGCAGAACAAGACUUACACCAAGCUCCUGUGUGAUCUGAUCUCUAAGCAUUUGCAUGUAUCUGCAGACAGGGUGUACAUCAACUACUUUGACAUGAAUGCUGCCAAUGUGGGCUGGAAUGGCUCCACCUUUGCGUAGAGCUCUGCCGUCUGCCUGAAGAGGCUGCUCCUGGACCUACCCUAAUCCUGCCCCUUAGCAGAGACCGCUGCACAAAUGGCCUUGUGUUGCAUUUUGUGCACUCUCACAGAUUGAUGGCUCCUUGCUAGUGUGUUUAAAUAUUGCUGCUUCAACAUUCCUCUGUUUUCUCUGUGCAGAAAACAAAUAAAGAUUUAGAAGUAA